GCCAAGUGUCAGUCUCAGCAGGUGGUGGGCCAGCAGCAACAACAGCAACAGCAGCAGCAGUCCCAGCAGCAGGGCUCUCAGGUCAAGGACAUUGGAGAGAGGAGCUACGAGUUCUUGUCGCACGUGGGCUCUGGCGCUUAUGGCCAGGUUUUCAAAGCCAGAGACAAGAACAAAGAGGGGGCGAUCGUUGCCAUCAAGCAGAUCAGGAUACGGCGACAAGGGAGACAAUAUGAGGCCGGGAUGCCCAUGGCGGCUAUCAGAGAGAUUUCUCUCUUGAAACAGUUGGAAAACACGGAGCACCCAAACAUUGUCAAGCUGCUAGACGUGCACCAUCAGGCAGUCUCAGACAGGGACAUCUGUCUCUCCCUGGUCUUUGAGUUCAUCGACCAGGAUUUGAACUCCUACCUCGAGCGAUGCCCGCCUCCUGGAUUAGGGCCCGACAGAAUCAGG